AUGUUAAAUGAAAGAAAUGGAGAAAGAAUUAGUUGUACAUAUGAUAAUUAUUUUAGUAAUCAUUUGAUAAAAAUAUAUAAUUUGAUUGAUUAGAUAUUCAUUUUUGAUAACCCAAUUAAUACAAUUAAUAAUGUUAAAUCACAAUAAUCACUACCAAAAAUAAAUCAAUUUCAUAUUAUUUAUUAAUCCAACUUUUAAUCAAUCAUCCUUUCAGAAUUGACACCUUUAAUCAGUUCAAAAAUCUCAUCAAAACUCUAACUUAAAUAAGAUCAAAAUAUUCAUUCACAAUCAUAUAAUCAAAAAACAUUUAAUUAUUAAAUUAUUGAAAAUAAUUCCAUUAAAUAGGAGAAAUAUUGUUUUUCUUUUGCUUUUAAUAAAAAUUGUUCAACUGUUGCAGUUGGUUGUAUUAAUUAAAUAAUCAUAUAUGAAUUCAAAUACGACAUGUUCAAAUAAAUUCAAGUAUUAGAUCUACUACCAGGUUGUGUAAAUACAUUAAAUUUUAUGAAAAAUUCUGAUUAGUUCAUAUCUGGAGAUGAUAAUGGCAAUAUUUCAAUUUGGUCAAUUAAUAACAACAAUUCAUGGGUUUGCUCAUAAACAAUUAAAGGACACAAUUAUAGUAUUACUUGUUUAAUUGUGAAUAAAAUUGAAGAUCUGAUUAUAUCAGGCAGUUAUGAUAGGACUAUUCAGUUUAGAGUAAAGCAAAAUGAAUGGAUCUGUUCAUAAACAAUCACAGAGCAUCAAAAUUUUGUUUAUUCAUUAAGUUUAAAUGACUAAUAAAAUUAAGUUAUUUCUUGUGGAAGGGACAAAUUAAUAUUAUUAAUCGAGUAUUCAGAAUAAAAUAAAAAUUGGAUUGUAGUUUAAAAAAUUUAUGUUGAUUGUUAUGGACAUAGAUUAGGUUUUAUUAACAAUAAUAUUUUCUCAUUUAAACCUAAAGAGAGUAAUUCGAUGCAUGUCUAUGAGAAGAAUAGUGUAAAUAAAUAAUUCAUUAAAACUAAAGAAGUUAUUCCUAAUCAAGGUAAUGAUGGUCGUAAUUUAUUUCCAUAAUAAUAUAUUAAAUUAAAAUAAUUAUUGCUGAAUAGACAUAAUAAAUAUAUCAAUUGUAUAAGAAUUAUACAAAACGGAGAAUUUAAACUUGAGUAAAUCAUUUAAUUUGGAACAAAUUCUAUAUUUGGGUCUUUAAGUGAUGAUGGAAAUUCUUUGGUGACUUGGGAUGACUUAUCAAAAGAAAUAUAAAUUAGGAAAUACACAGAAUAAUGA